CCCUUGGCUGGGCUCUGAGGUAGGAGACAAAGAAAGCAAGCCUGAAGUUUGCGAGGUGGGGACAAAGAGGUGUUCUGCAGUGCCCUACAUGGCCCUAGGCGACUCGCGUCCAGGAGGCUCGGAGCCUCUCUUUGCAAGCCAGGGGAAAGGAUUGAACAUUCCCCGUGGCACAGGCCCUAGGGCCCCCCGUGGAGGCUGGUGACUGGGACACCGGAGGUGGCGAUGGGGUGGGCGGCAAGCUGGGAGUCUCUUCCAGCUGGAGAGUGGGAGUGACAGAAGCCGCUGACAGGGAGGGGGCAGGCGAGACACUCCAUGCCCGUCUGGUGGGCGAGGGUUGCCGCGGUUUCCCCGGCUGCUGUGGUUUUCCUGGCUGUCUGACAAUGGCAGAGCUGACUGAAAAGAAGGUUUUCCGGGUCCCCGUCCAAUUGCCUUGAAUUUCUUGUCCCCAGCCCUAGCAGGUUGAAGCAGUGCCCCACCUCAGUGUUUCAACAGCCUGUAUUCAAGCAUGCUUGUUGUAACACACCAGCCCUUACACCUAGUGGGCAAACGUCCUUUAAGGCAUGCUAUUAACCUCCGACCUCCCCCAUUCUCUUUCUUAACCCAGGGCUUGGGCUAUAGCAAAAAAUAAUUUUAAAAAUCACUUCGAAUGAGAGAAGAUUUGCCAAGAUUUAAGAGAAGGGAGAAAUUUCAAGUAAAACAUGAGUUUACAUGACUGAAGUGUGUGUGUCUUUUGUGUGAUUCUUCAAACUUCACCUGCCAAACGGAAGGAGCAUGUUGGGCCUCCGUCAUGCUAACCAACGGGAAAGAGCAGGUGAUCAAAUCGUGUGUGUCCCUCCCGGAACUAAAUGCUCAGGUCUUCUGUCACAGUUCCAACAACGUGACCAAAACCGAAUGUUGCUUCACAGACUUCUGCAACAAUAUCACACUGCACCUUCCCACAGCAUCGCCAAAUGCCCCUCGACUUGGUCCCACAGAGCUGACGGUUGUUAUCACCGUGCCGGUUUGCCUCCUGUCCAUAGCCGCCAUGCUAACAAUAUGGGCGUGCCAGGACCGCCAGUGCACAUACAGGAAGACUAAGAGACACAACGUGGAGGAAGCGCUGGCUGAGUACAGCCUUGUGAAUGCAGGAAAAACACUCAAGGAUCUGAUCUACGAUGCUACUGCCUCUGGCUCAGGCUCUGGUCUGCCUCUCUUGGUUCAAAGAACAAUCGCAAGGACAAUUGUACUUCAAGAAAUCGUAGGAAAAGGUCGGUUUGGGGAAGUGUGGCACGGAAGAUGGUGUGGAGAAGAUGUGGCUGUGAAAAUAUUCUCCUCCAGGGAUGAGAGAUCUUGGUUCCGUGAGGCGGAAAUUUAUCAGACGGUGAUGCUGAGACACGAGAACAUCCUCGGUUUCAUCGCAGCUGACAACAAAGAUAAUGGAACUUGGACACAACUCUGGCUUGUGUCAGAGUAUCACGAGCAGGGCUCCUUGUAUGACUAUUUGAACAGAAACAUAGUGACUGUGGCUGGAAUGGUCAAGCUGGCGCUUUCCAUAGCGAGUGGUCUGGCUCACCUGCACAUGGAGAUCGUGGGUACUCAAGGUAAGCCUGCUAUUGCUCACCGAGAUAUAAAGUCAAAGAAUAUCCUAGUCAAAAAAUGUGACACUUGUGCCAUAGCUGACUUAGGGCUGGCUGUGAAGCACGAUUCUAUCAUGAACACUAUAGACAUACCCCAGAAUCCUAAAGUGGGAACCAAGAGGUACAUGGCUCCCGAAAUGCUUGAUGAUACAAUGAACCUGAGCAUCUUUGAGUCCUUCAAGCGAGCUGACAUCUAUUCGGUGGGGCUGGUUUACUGGGAAAUAGCUCGAAGGUGUUCAGUUGGAGGAGUUGUUGAGGAGUACCAGUUGCCUUACUAUGACAUGGUGCCUUCAGAUCCUUCGAUAGAAGAAAUGAGGAAGGUUGUCUGUGAUCAGAAACUCCGACCAAAUCUCCCAAACCAGUGGCAAAGCUGUGAAGCGCUGCGGGUCAUGGGAAGAAUAAUGCGUGAGUGCUGGUACGCCAACGGGGCAGCACGCCUGACAGCCCUGCGCGUGAAGAAGACCAUCUCCCAGCUGUGUGUCAAGGAAGACUGUAAAGCUUAGCUCUGCGUACAGGCAAAGGAAGAGUGCUCACAGCUUUCCUUCCCGUCUCCCGCUUUGUGUAAAUGUUUUUGCUUCUUUUCUGCUGUGUUUUAUUUUAGUUCUACCUCAAGGAUGACUCACUACAGUGUUGAAGUGUCCCAAAGGCAGCAUGUAAAGAUAACGCUAAAGUUAAGCAUGGGCAGGUCUUGACUUUCCCAGUUUCCAUGUUGUCCUUAGUUUUAUGUUUAAAGGGGACACGACUCGUUUUUUCUUUUUAUUUAAGGAGGAAGAUGUUAUGAGUAUAAGAUAAGCUACAUACAAUGGUAAAAAAAAUAUUAAAUUUUUGUUGUACUUGAACCAAGAGCAUCCACAAAUGAGAUGAAGACAUAUUUAAAAUGUGAACUACUGUAUAUUAUGGUGAAAUGGAACUGUAAAAAUUAACUGGGUCCUUAAAAAGUAAAUUUUGCUCAGAAUUUUAACAUCUAAAGAGUGGAAAGGUGGAGUAACAAAGUGACACCACGUUCUCAGGACUUGCUUUCUCUGCCUAUUUGCCACUCUGCAUCACUACGACAGCUGUCCCUAAGUAGUUCGAAAACCACCUGAGCCAUUACUCCUCCUGAUACAUAACAGAGGUCCAUAUGUCUCAAACACUGUGAAAUGGCCCAGAGUCACAGAGCUCUUGCCAGAGCUGGUUACGAACCCUGUGACAACUAGCACUGUGAAGUUUGCUGGCCAUUAUACUCCCUUGAAUUCCCAUAGAGCGUUUCUUCCCAAGUGGGAAGAUCAAUCAUCAGUUAUAAUAUUUUAAAUUUAGUCACAUAGUGAAUGCAUUGAGUAUUUUGUAAGACCAUAAUAGAUUUUCUAGAAUUUCAGAACCAAUCUAUUAGAAUUUCAUCAAAGAAAUGUCAUCAUUAUCCCAUUCGAUAAUGAAAAAAAAUGUUUUCUGAACAUUGCCAAAUAUUGACCAAUUAUAAACAUCCAUUUUCUAAAGAUGUAUGUCAUAAGAUGUCAUUGCUUUUGAGGUUCAUGGUUGGAAAGAAAAUGACAGAAAGAUAAACACGGAAAGAAUUUGAGGAGAGUUCAGAGAACUCUCCCGAAGGAGUGUAACCCCUUACUGGUAACAGAAGAUCACAUCAGUGAUUACAAGGCAUUCCUGGCCUUUUAACAGGGACCAUGCAUGGAAGGGUUUGGAGGAUCUACCUCUAUUCUCCAUUUUUGAAGUUCAGAAUAUUUAACAGGACACCAGAUAUUUCUUUCAAAUGUCCUAUAGGCUUUAGUGAAGAUGGUUUAACUCAACGUCUUUCAGUGUUCUGAAACAGUUUCCCGAACCCCAUUCCUUAGAACUUUCAUCUACCUAGAAGUUGUUAGAAUGGAUGUGCACUCUAACAAGGUCUUGAAAAGUGAUAUGUUAACAUAUUCUAUUCUUUGAUAGUUCUAGCAGCAAAGACACAUUCCAUGGAUAUUUUUAAGGGUAAAUAUUUGAUUGUAGCCUUUCUAUUAUGAGUAAGGUGAAGUUUUACUAUCUAGCAUCUUCUAAAGCCCAACAUGGUAAAUGAUGUUGUGAAGAAUACGUUAUGUAUCCCAUAAGAGGGUAACUUGAUGUCUACAUAUCACUAUGGAGAUAUGCUACUCGAUCCAUCUCAUUUGACUAAGUGGAGAUAAGAGAAACAAAAGCUGACAGCUGUGGAGUUUGCAUGUACUUCCAUUCUCAGUCAUGUCCUCAUCCAUUUAUAAGCACAGGGCACCCCAUAACUUACUUGCCACAAUAUUGGGUACAAGAGGGAAUAACAAGAUAGAUAGGUCCUGCCCUCGGGGAUUUUAAAGUCUAAUUUGGGAGUGGGGAAAGACAUGUGAGUAUGAGGGAAGCGAGUAAAUUGACAGAUAAAAUAUGCAGUGGGAUGCCUUUGAGUUCUAUGUGACAAUGGCUUCUAGAAUAGGUCUUAAAAUCACUUCCAAUUUGCAACACAUUUAGAAGGGAUCUUUAUUUAGAUAUUACAGCCUAAUUAUAUCAUCAGCAUCAAAAGGUGCGCCUACGUGAAUGGAUGUUAAGAAGAACCGUGCGAAGGGAGAGCUGGCUUAUGUCUAUUAUCUUAUUUCACAGUUUCUACAUGACGGCAAUGGAAUUAUUUACUUCAAUGAUUGUAUCCAGAUAUCCAAUGAAAAAAACCUACUCUAUCCUGUUCCAUUCACCACUGUUAGGGAAGUAUAUUUUCUAGAUUUUAAAAGAGGGUGUUGUAACAUCUUUAUUUUGGUCAUUAUGUUUUAUAAUUUAUUUCAGGGUAUAUACAAACAUAACUUAUAUUUUCUUGGUUUAGAUUUCACAGUGGAGAAAUCUGCACAUUGGUACAUUUUGAGACUUUUGCUCAUUAUUCUGUUGCUGAACUGUAAUCCCUAAGUGAAUAAUCUUAAAGAGCAGAGCCACAGAAGUAGUCAGGGAACAAUAGAAGUUGUAGUUUUUGCUUAACUCUCAACAUAGUUCUACAUAGAUACUGCUCACUUAUAAAAAAUAGAGUAAUUUUUAGAGCAUAAGGCAUAUUUACUGUAUAUAUCUAUGCAGUUCAAUUUUGUAUUAUGUGUUUUUGAUGGAAUCUUAUGUAACACUUGGUCCUUGUAAAUUUUGUUACGAGCAAAAAUAUCUUCUUAGGUUAGGUGCAAAGUGACACCAUUGCUUUGCUCCUUAUGGAUAUUUUGGCUCUGGGUAUAACAUAGAGCUUAGGAAUGCUAUUAUGAAUUUUUAGUACUGUAUGCAAAAAAUGGUGGGGUUUAUAUACAGCAUCACUUCUUGAAAUACAGAACGCAUUAUUUGUUGUCUACAUUUGAGCAUGAAUUUGUUGCCUUAUAAGUCCUGCGUUUUGAGUUUGUAAUCAGUACUGACUCUGUUGUAUGCAUCCUUCCACGUCUAAAAUAUUUGGCAUGUCACAUCUAGAAUUCUUAAUUUAUGUUCUGCCAUGAGAGUUAAGUGAAACAUGACUGUCAUGCUCUAUUUUAAGCGCAGCACUUGCUUUUCAUCUUUAUACUUUUCAAUUAACUUUGCAUUUUAAAUUUCCAUAAUUGUAUGAAAAUAGUAACCUGAUCGCAAUGUCUGAAGAGUUUCAAAUCGGCGUUUAUUUUAAAAUGAAAAAAAAAAAACUACAACACAUUCAUUAGAUCAGAAGUUCCACAAUCACUUAUUGUUUUGAGUGCUUCGUCUAUUGCAGAAUGAUUAAAUAAAAGAAAUGUCUACUGUCCUGGAAUUUUGCCACCAUGGGACUUACUGAGACAGAGCAAACUCAGGGCAAUCUUGGAGUGGAAGCAAAAGUCCCAGGGAAGACCGCAGUGCACUGCCUGAAGGCAGGGAGCAGGCAUCUGCCAUCAUACAAGGAGCAAGAGAACAACUUGAAAUUACUUGGCAGGCAAUGAUUUUUGACUGAUUCUUGAAAGGAAAUAUGAACAUUUACAUGGCUAAAUUAAUUCAUUUAAAAUGUGGAAAUUUUGAUUUCUAUCAAGCAGUUAGGGAACAAUAACAAAUGCAUCCAAGUUGGUUGCUGAAUUCUUCAGUAUUCGUUUCCUUUAUGUAACUUGAAAAACUAAUAUUAUCAAUCACUCAGAAAUGUUUAUGCUUAGUGUCCUAAAAUGGUGUCACUGUAGUUUUUGAAGCUCCCCUCUCUCUUUUUUCACUUGUGGAAUGUAUUAUCUCCAUGAAUAACAAUACUGUGUUUUAAUUCCAGAUCCUGAUAUUCACUUAGAUUUUAUUCACUGUCUUAGUGAAGACAGUCAUCAUUUUAAGGGCUUUUAAUUUUUUUUUUUUUUGCAGGAUUCUUUAAAACUAAACCAAAAAAGAUAGAGAAACAGAUAGAUGGACAGAAAGAAAGAAAGAGAGAAAGAAAGGAAGAAAGGAAGAAGGAAGAAAGAGGCAAAGGAAGAAAAUCUAGAAGGCAAAACAUUCAUUAAGUCUAGUAUUAGUCAGAAUUUCUAUAGUGUUCAUGUUCUUCUGAGGAUACUGAUGCAAACUCCCUGGUGCCUGGCUUUCUCUUUACCCUCCACCUUAGCUUCGUUUCAUUAUCUUUCUUCUACUAUUAAACUUGAUGUUCUUUCAUCACCUUCCAAAAUUAUAGUUACUUCCUAAUUAUUUUUAAACAUAGCUAUUAUUUAACUUAAUCAUUAUAGAAUUGCACAUUUAUAAUGGAGAAGAAAUCCCUUAGUGUUCUAAAUUCUUUUAUAUGUGCCACAGCACAAAAUGAAAAUGAGAAUGUAAAAGUUAAAGGGACUCUGAGCCUCAGAUCUUGGUUCUAAUAUUUUGUAGACGAAGAAACUGAAGACCGGUCAUUAGAUGGCAGCUAAUGGUUGUAGAAACACAGUGGUGACACCUACUUCUGCAGCCUCGCCCACGUUUACAAAUUGAAAAGUCAAUCAGCAUGGAUUUAACACUGCUUCAUGCACAUAUUAACAUCACAUGCCAUUCAGUGCUGGUGGUCAGACCCUACUUGUUGAUGCAUUUCUAUUAAAAUAGAUGGCUUAGGCCAAGGUCACUAGGGAAAAAAUGAAAAUAGACAAAGCAAAAACCUAAAAGUUGUUAUCGAGAUAGGCAGAAAAGCCAUGAAGCACUGAUGAGUUUGGAAAUGUAAUUGAAGAAAUUUAGUGUGUGGAGGGUUUUAGUGCUGGCUGGAGGUGUAGAGCAGAGGCCGAGAGGACUUGCCUCGAAAGUGAAAAGAUUUGGGUUCAAUUUUCAGCACUGGUAAGAGAAGGAAGAUAGGAAGGAGGUAAGAAGGGAAGGAAGGAAGUGAGGAAGGAAGAAAGGAGGAAAGGAAGGAUAAAAGAAAGCAUUCUUAGUAUGAAUAAUGAUUAUCGAAGCCUCUGGACCUUCCUUGCUCCCUUCCUGAAUGCAUUGUUCCUUUCCCUUGUGUGUUGGAAUGGUGAAAGGUGAUUUGGUACACGAACUGGAGACUAUGUUUAGUGUCAUUUAUAGUCUCUCUCUUGUUUGUUUUGUCUUUGACAUCAUUGUCUCCCCUGGUGGCAGAUUUCCUGAGCCCUGCCCCCACCACUCUACUCAGCUCUGUCCUUUCAUGUAUUUGAGCCCUGUCCAGACUGUUACACACGGAACGUCUUAACAAGGUUUUAAUUUCCCCACUGUGUAUAAGAGGCCUCGGCUCACCAGUUCAUUAGUGAUCGUUCUCCUGACACUGGGAAGAGGGCUCUGUUAAUGGCAGACAUGACUUUCUUUCUCUUCCAUUUUAGUCAGACUGUCUGGUUAUCUUGUAGCUUUUGGCUAGUGCAUAAAGAAUGUCCGCUUCUGCUUUCAUGCUGAACUCAGCUUCAACAGCGACUUGAACAAAGACUGUGAAAUACAUAUCCCAUAAUGUGAUUGCUCAUGUUACGCCUGUGAUAAUUGAGCCAUUGGUUUGUUUUAUUCCUGCCAUCCUUUGAAAUAUUUUUAUUUAUUUAUUUUUAUGUGUUAUGGGAGUUUUGAUUGAAUGUGGGUCUGUGUACCAUAUGCAUAUCCGGUGCUUGGGUAGGCCAAAAGAGUCUGAUCCCCUGAAACUAGAAUUACAGGUAGUUGUAAGCUGCCAUGUGGGUGCUGGAAACCAGAACUUGGUCCUCUGGAAGAGCAUCAGCCAGUGCUUCUAACUGCUAAGCCAUCUCUCUUCUGCUUCUGCCAUGUUUUUAGACUAAGCCAUGUGCCAUGCUGCUUAGAAUGCAGAUUAUGCUGAAAUUAGGUAACGAUCUCCACUUUAAAAUUUGAUAUUGAUAGCUGCCAGGAUUCUCCUGCAGUUAGUCAUAGAUGAACACAACAUUUGGGAGAAUAUGAGCUCCAGCUCAUCCUCAUUUUAAUAAUGCCAGAAAUGUAUUUUUCUCCUUGUUGGUUUAUGUUACACUACAAGAAAAUUUCCUCCUGGACCCAACACUUUCAUUGGAAUAUGCAAUUCUUCCCCGGGUUUUAGGAAUCUGACUGUUCACACAGCCUGAGUGUGGUAGGAAAUUCACCUUUCUUUCCAGCAUCCCACAUAUAAAUUCUCCACAGGGAACUCAACAGAUUGGGGCAGCUGAGGACUGGGGUGAGCGCUGGAACUAGCUCUUCCCUAUAGAGACAGUUCUAGACCUUACAGAGAAAGACAUUGUGUGUUUCUAUAUCAACAUAAAAUGCCCAGGCUUAUCCAUCAUUAUGAAAUAGAUGCUAAAUUUAGAAAUGGUUCUUGACAUAUGCAAACUGAACACAGAAUUUGGAAGAAUAGAAUACUCUGACUUUUCUUCUCUGUAUUCCCAAGAGUAACAAGAGUAACAAGGUGGACUCUUUAUCCUGGUGAUGGGUGUAUCUUUUCCCCAACCUAAGUCAUUGGCUGCAAGGCACAGUAACCUCAAUUUCUAUACAUCCACCAAGUUUUCAUUCUGUGGAUGAACCUACUCAUUUGCUUCACCUGUAAAGGGAGGCUUGAGUGUCAGGCUCUAAGAAAGUUAACCAUACUAAGAGAUUUAUCAAUAUGUUUGGUUUUUCAUUGGCAGAACAGUAGUAUCUAGGCAAUUUUAAAGAUGUAGCAGUUUCCUGUUCUCUUUACCAAGUGAGAGAAUCUGAGUAAAAUAUUAGACUCCAGUUCAUUUCUAGAAUGGCUUAUAUCAAGCUCUUGUACUCUCCUGACCCUGAACUGGAUAGGAUUGUUUACACUUGAUUGUUGUUUCAGGUUUUAAAAGGGUCUCAAAAGAAAAAAUUGGAUUCAGGUCUAUAAAAAAAAAAAAGGAUUUUGUAUUAAUUUUCAAAGCACUAAUACUAAUUAUACUUUUCUUGGGGUAGUGAUUCUCUUCUUAUACCUAAGAACAUAUUACACAUGUCAAAACCAUUGCAUUUUGACAUUGCGAAACACACCUUGAACUCUUGAACUACUGUGAGCAGAAUCACUGUUGUAAAGAUUUUUUUUUUUUUUUUUUUUUUUGGUAAGCUUGCUGGUAUUCUUAAGUAUGUAAAAAGAUGUCGGCUUCCACAGGCUCAAAUGAAUGUACAUAAGGACUGUGAAAAAAAAAUAAAUUGGGUUUUAAAAUAAGAACUGGGCGAUAAAUUGUAUCUAAACUGCGCAGAUGGGCAUCGUCGUGCGGCUGUGUUUUCAUUGUUGAAGGUUGAACAGAGUUCUACAGAGUCGUGGAUGACAUUCAGAUGUUUCAUGACUUUUGGAUCUGCGAACAUAUGCAUUUUAUAGUCAUGUAUACUUAUAUUGUUAAGAAAUAAUCAUAUUUUAGAAUUUAGUAAGAACUCAGUGAUAGCCUUCAUACCAAAAUGUUUAACUUUGCCAACAGCUAGUCAUAAAAAAGUAUUUAUUUUAAAGCUUUUUAAUACAAUUGCAUAACUUCUUGCCGCCUCCAGGUGUACAUUCUUCUCUGCCUAAAUGUUAUAUUUUUAUGUAUGCAUUUUCAGAAAGCAUAUUGUUUUGGAAAGUGGCAAAGACAAUGAAUUAAGCACUCGUUGCACUUGUUUCUGUAAAGCAUAAAGAGCUCUAUUUUAAAUAAAAGAAAACGUGUCAUA